UAACGAUGAAAAUACGUUGGAAGGUACCACUUAUACUAGCCCUUAUCGCAGCCUUAGGGUGUCAGUUAGCGGGUGCUGCAGAAUCCUCAGUGCUCUACAUUGAGCCCAGUCAUGGCAGCACGAACGGCGAGACCCGCAUCACCAUCACGGGACGAAAUUUCGCCAGAAACCUGUUCAGCUUUGGCGUCGGUUUCGGCCAUGUAGGCAACAAGGUCCAGAUGGUGUCCGACACAACUGCAUACGAAUGUGCAUUCCACCCCGACGGUUCACACGAGACACAGAUCAUGUGCUAUACAAAGAAGAUGCCGGUUGGGGAGUACAAGGUCCGAGUGUCCGUGGAUGGAGUGGACAUCCCCGCUGCUGACCACUGUAAAGGAUCCGAGUCCAAGUGUUUGUUCAAGACAUCAAGUUCGUACACCCCGACCCUGCAGUCUGUCCUGCCAAUCACUGGCCUACCAGGCGACAUGGUGAAGCUCCGGGGCAAGCUCAUCACUGACCGGUACGGCAGCAACAUGGCGGCCAGCAGCAACGGCAAGACUGAGAAGCUACUGAGAGUGUACUUGGGAAGUGAGAACUGUGAGGUAAAGGACCUGGACACCGAUACCAUGUUCGGCAUAAGUCUUGACGAUAGCGGAAGCAGCGUCUUCGGAGAUCUGCUCUGCAAACACCAGUCUACCUUCGUCAGUUCUAUGAAUGCGAGUUUCAUCAUUGAAGGCGGAUAUGGAAGGUGA